UCCGGCACACUCCGCGCGACGCUAUUACAUGUCGUUCUACUCACGUGUUGCUACUCACGCAUCGUACGCGAACACCGUUGUCGUCGUCGUCGUCGCCGCCGCCGCGCGUACUAAAGUCGUUUUAUUGCGUGUGCAUUUUUCUCCCUGCGGUCCGCGGUCCGUUCGUUUUCAAAUGUACCGUUCAACAGUGGAAUAAACGUACGGUCAACGUGUAAAUACGGACGUUUUCCCGUUCACCUAUCCGUCUGCUCGCGUCGAACCGACCGUGCGCGCGUCCGGACCGCUCCGCGGCGAUGCAAUAAAGCGCGACGCGGAAACAGCCGCGAUGAUGACCAUGAUGAUGAUGCAGCGUCUGCUCCAGAACAACAACAACAACAACAACGGUUUCGCGGACGAGACCCGAUUGAACGGUAUACGCCACCAUUCGGCCAGCCCGUUCUCGAAACCGAUCGCCGGCACUGUGGCCGCGGCCGACAGUGGCGGCGAACUGGACACGGUGCAGCGGCAGUCGUCCGCGGCCGCGAACGAUCUCGCGCAGUCGACGGGCACGUGCACGACGGUGGUCGCCGUGUCCGCCGCCGCCGAGGCUGGCGACCGGUUGACGUCCGACGAGGACGAUGAGCUGAACGUGGACGAGCUGAACCCGGUGGACCUGACCAACAACCGGUUGCACGGUUCCGAGCAACUGCAGCUGGUGCAGCAGGACGGCAACAAGGCCGGGUGCACCGCGGCCACCGCGUCCACCGCCGUGCCCAUGGACACCGCGGCCGGUGAUUACGAGACGAGCGGCGGCGGUGGUGCGGCUUGCAACAAACAGGGCGGCCUCGCGUUCUCCGUCGAGAACAUACUCGACCCGAAUAAGUUCACCAAGAAACUCAUCGCGCCCGCCGCCAUCCUGCCCAGGUGGAGGCCCCGCGUCGAUUUCUCUAACGACCCAUCAGUUGCCGGCGAAGAAUGCUCCCGCAACUACAUCAUGGACGAGGACGACGAGGACAUCAGCAUCAGCGGGGGUGAUGGUUGUGGCAGCGACAUAAGCGACGACCGGGACAAGGGCAGCGUCGACGGGAGCUCGUCGACCGGUUGCGGCGGAAAGAAGUCCAAGUCCGAUCAUUGCGCCGGCGGAGGUGGCGGCGGGAACGGAGGCAGUGGUGGCGGCGGCGGAGGAGGUGGUGGCGGUGCCGGUAGUAGUGGUGGAGGGGGUUCGAAGAACGGAGGCAGCGGCAAGCCGAGGAGGGCCCGCACGGCGUUCACGUACGAGCAGCUGGUCGCGUUGGAGAACAAGUUCAAGACCACGCGGUACCUGUCGGUGUGCGAGCGGCUUAACCUAGCGCUGUCGCUGUCGCUCACCGAGACCCAGGUGAAGAUAUGGUUCCAGAACCGGCGGACCAAGUGGAAGAAGCAGAACCCCGGGCUGGACGUGAACAGCCCCACGGUGCCGCCGCCCGGGCCUCCCGGACCGUCGGCCACAGGCGGGCCGCCGUUCUUCCACCCUCUCGCCUAUUCCGCGGCGCACCACUACCAGACGCAGCAGAGCUACUCGGCCGCCGCGGCCGCCGCGUACUUUCACCACCUGGGCGCGCACCAUUCGACCAUCGGCGGACACCAUCCGCCCUCGUAAUGCGCCCGCCCACCAACCCUUAGGUCGCGGCACCGUGACCAGAUCUCAGUAACCGCGUCGGCGACCACUGCGUGCGCGGCCACCCGGAAAUCCUUUGUCGCCUCGUCCGCCCGCGGUCGUCGUGCUCCGCGACGUUCGGCCACGCCGACCACACCGGCGUGUGCAGUUCCAGUUAUUGGUCAUUAUUAUUAUUAUCAUUAUAUUAUAUUAUUAUUAUUAUUAUUAUUAUUAUUAUUAUUUAUGCUAUUACUACGAUUAUAAUUAUUUUUAUCAUUAUCAUUAUUAUCGUUGUUGUUGUUGUUUCCGUUGUUGUUGUACGAGUCCGCAACGUUGCCGUCGUUUUCGAUUUCGCAAGAGAGCCAAAACGGCAUUAGAUUUCCGGUGGCUCGCGCGUGUAGAUCGUGUCCAUCGCGUCCCGGUAGACCCGUGAAUCGAGUCCGACCAUCGGGCGCGGGGAAAAUGUCACCGAAAACGUUACCCAUCCGAUGGGGAUCGCGCGGUCGGUUGUCGGGCACGUCGCUCCCGGAGACCGUCCGACCGGUCGUGUGGCCGCGAAACGGUCGGUCGUCCGCGAGCCCCGUUCGUUCAUAGAUCGUGCGAUAAAAAUACGAUCGAUUGAUGUUCACCAUUGUGUCGCGAACCCGAUCGUCGGUUACGAUUGAACGGCCGUCCGACCGUGUUGCGCGUGAACCGUUUGCCGUCGUCCAAUCCGACACUACCGGUGAGAAAUAAUAAUACCAACGGAUCGUUUCGCGUCUUCUCGCGGUAAAGCGUUGAGAUCGCGUACGGCAGCUCGACGACAUUAUUUAUUGUUUUUGUUUUGUUAACAUGUUUUCACGUUUCCCCUAGUCGCACCGCGACCGGUACGCGACGAGAAUUCUCUGCUUAUCCUAUUGCUUUUGUUCGGCGCGCACCGCGUUCGCGUCAACGCGUAAAAAUCGUACCGAUCUGCGGUACAACUGUGUGGCGGACUUGCAGUGGCUCGAGGGAGAAGAUAAACGUCGGACGAUCGCGUUGUCCGCGCAGCCGGGUGCUCUUAAGGUUCGGUCUCCGAUCAAGUACGGUACACGUGUUUAUCCAGUGCUUGGCUUAGCAAUAAACGGUGAACGCAUUCUUCUGAAGAUACGUUUUGCGUACCCGACUAAUUGAAAACCGAACAUCACCGUGUUCACCCCCUUGCGACACCCUCGAACAUGUUACCGUGAACCAACGAAUAUUCCGUAUUGAAUUUUGUAUUACUUUCAACAUUUGAACCUCGACGUACUAUGUACGUUUUCGCCCAAAGACAUUAAAAUCAGUCCAAAAUCGUAUUUGUGACAAAAAAAUACCACCACGCGUUCUAUUUAACGGUAAUAGGUAAAACGCCGAGAAAAAUUCUCGAGGUUAACGUUUCAUUAUUAUCAAGUACCGCUGCAUCGAAAAUUUAACACUUAUUGGGAUGUGUUUUUUAUAAAAAUAUCAACUUUUUGUAAUUUUGUGAAAGCUGAAAUCGAAUCAAUUACCGGAUUUUUUUUUUUUUUUAACUAUUAGUGGAAUAACUGAAUAACUGAUAAUUUAGUCGGGGUAUUCAAUCUCCCCUCAAGCCAAGCACUGGUGUUAUGUCAUGCGGGUUACGUAAUAAAUAAUUACAAACCGUCCAACACCUCGUAGCUCAGCGACGCGCUCGGGAAACAUUUCACACAAACGGGUCCAGUGUACCGAGUAUGUGAAACGGAACGUAUGACGUGGACGAUACGCCUCGCGCGAAACGUUCCGUCUUUUGGACUUGACGGUGCGACAAUCAACAAUCGAUGUUCGUAUGAAUCGGACCGCGUACAAAAAGUGUGUAAAAAAGAAAACUAUCGUACAUUAUGUUAUUGUGUAUAAUUACUAACAUUGUAUAAUGUUUUAUUAUCAUCAUUGUAUGUUCUACUGUAAUAUUGAAUACGGAAUUCGGUGUCUGUCGCGUUAGGCGGUUACAUUUAAUUUAUUUAUUAUUUUUUUUUUAAUAUUGUUUCUAUCGAUUGUUCGUGAGUAUUAUGUCAUACGUGUAAAUAAACCUCACACACACACACACACACACACAAGCGCGCGCCCAUACGCCCGUUGUAAAUAACUAUAUACCAUAUGUGUACAGUAAUAAAUUUCGAAAAAUAAACGAUAAGCGUAUUUAUGUACGUACCGUGUCCUUAAA